AUGAAUAAAAAGGUGGAGAUGAGUGACAGCUGUUUUAGGAACCUGGCAGAGGACCGCAGUGGAAUCAACCUAAAAGAUCUGGUGCACGACCCCUCCCUGCUUGGGGGCUCUAUUUCAGCCUAUAAGAUCGUACCAGAUGAAAUCGACCAGAUCAAGGAGACUCUAGUGGACUGGUGUGAUGAGAAAGAACUCAAUCUCAUCUUGACAACCGGGGGGACAGGCUUUGCUCCCCGCGAUGUCACACCUGAGGCCACUAAAGAGGUGAUAGAGCGAGAGGCUCCAGGGAUGUCUCUGGCCAUGCUGAUGGGUUCUCUCAACGUCACACCACUAGGCAUGCUCUCUAGACCUGUGUGCGGCAUCCGCGGAAAGACACUCAUCAUCAAUUUACCAGGGAGCAAGAAGGGUUCACAGGAGUGUUUCCAGUUCAUCCUGCCCGCGCUGCCCCACGCCAUCGACCUGCUACGGGACGCCGUGGUCAAGAUGAAGGAGGCGGUGGACGAGCUAGAGGACCUGCCUUCGCCCCCGCCGCCCCUAUCGCCGCCCCCAAACAGCUCGCCGCGGAGGCAGACGGAGGACAAGGGCGUACAGUGUGAGGAGGAGGACGAUGACAAGAAAGACAGUGGUGUGGCAUCCACCGAGGACUCCUCGUCCUCGCACAUCACCGCUGCCUCCAUCGCCGCUAAGAUCCCAGACUCCAUCAUCUCCAGGGGUGUCCAGGUCCUCCCCAGAGACACAGGCUCUCUGAGCACCACGCCCUCUGAGUCGCCCCGCGCCCAGGCCACCUCGCGCCUCUCUACCGCCUCCUGCCCCACGCCCAAACGGAAGUGUAAGGAGUAG